AUAUGCAACAAAAAUUUAAUUGAAUUGAAUUAUUUGUUGAGUUCAGUGAAUUUUUAAGGUUACUAAAACUAAAUCGUUCAAAACAAAAAAGAAAAACAGAAAGUCAAAAAAAGUAUAGCUAAGUACCACGUGAAACGUGAAGUGUUGCAUGAAUUCUGAUCUUAGUUAUAAGAAGUGAAGCAGAGCAGACGACACUCUACGGUGAGCACAAAAGCAGUACCCCCAUUGAUCACAAUCACAGAACAGAUCACACUUUGGCACUUUAGCUAUCUAAUUACUUCCUCAAUCUGUGAGCACAAUUGUAUUCGUGGCGAAGAAGCAAUAAUGCGGUGCUGCGUGCCUUUAUGUGAAAAUACAUCGAACAAUGUGUCAACAUCUGAGAAAACGGAAAUUACCUUUCAUGCAUUACCCAGUGAAGGAAAUCUCCGCACUGCUUGGCUCAGAGCCCUCAGCGUACAAGACCCUCACCUGCCCGACACUGCUGUGGUCUGCUCCCAGCACUUGGUAGAUGACAACUUUCUCAAUACAAACAGUAGUGUGAGGGAGAUUCACUCUAAUGCUGUUCCCUCAACAGUGCAGAUGUGCAUAAUAUGCCUGGACACUGACAGCAAGCUGUUUCUAAUGAGCAAACACAAGUUGGAGGAGGCAUAUGAACAGCUGACUGGACUGUCUUUGUUUCAGUUGUGUUGUCGAGCAAACCUGAAGCAAACACUCUGUGUGCUGUGUGCUCAGAGAUUGAUGAACUUCAGUAGAUUUAGAGACUUGAGCUUGAGAGCCCAUUCACUGAUGACAGACUUAGUUGAACAACAUGGAUUAAAUACUAUACAACACAAAGAAUUGCUGAACUGCACAAGUGCACAUCUGAAGUGUAAUUUGACACAAACAACAUUAGGAGCUAACCAUUGUGACUUGUACAUAGAUCACACUGAUGAAGAGGAACAGACAGCAGCAGAGGAAUCUGUAGUGGGAGGUGUUGCAACAGUUGUGGUGAAGAAUGAAGGCAGUUCUGACUCCAUGUCGAGUGCUGAUAACUUGAAAUUGGCACAACACAAUUGUGCCUCUGAUGAUGAAUACUCUGACCGGAGCAUAAAGUUAGAGUCCAGGCUACUGGAUGAAGCUAUAAGUAAAGCUCUUGGUAGGAAAGCAUUUUGUUUUGAGGACUUUGUGCAAGAGCCUGCACACAAGGAACACAUGAGCAAGCAUCUCCAGAACGCUGCAUGUGCAUCACAAGUGUGCGAGCCUCGUGCAGCUGUGAGCCGCAGCUGUGACUCACUCGUGCUGCAGAACAAAACAGGAAGUCAGAGGCUGAAAGAUGUCCUUCCCCCGGCUGCAAGCUGUACUCAGCCUUUAGUAACUCCACUGUUCGCGAGACUUGCUGCAAGUAACGAGAACAAAGUGCAGGCAACUGAAGAAGCAGGUGCUAUUCAGAAAAGUGAACAAAUCCUUGAAACUAACAUUGGCGAACUGGACGACCGAUCAUCUGAGAGCGGCACCAAACCCUACACAGAUACAAAUAGAUUCACAGAUUGUGUACUCCAGUUAUAUGAUAUAUUCAAGAUACCCAACAAAGUUGUACUUGGUGAGAAUCAACGCGUGAGUCUCCACACUGCUGCCAAGCCUUACUCUUGCACUAUAAGCAACUAUAAAUGUUCACAAAAAAUUGAUUUAUUAAAGCAAAAGAUAACUCAUACUGGUGAGAAGCCAUUUUCCUGUGAGAUAUGCAAUUUUAAAUGUGCACAAAAAGAUAAAUUAUUACGGCAUAUUAGAACACACACUGGUAAGAAGCCAUUUUCCUGUGAAAUAUGCUAUUACAAAUGUGCACGAAAAGGUGAUUUAUCAAAACAUAUGAUGACCCACACUGGUGAGAAGCCAUUUCCCUGUGAGAUAUGCAAUUAUAAAUGUGCACAAAAAGAUACUUUAUUACAGCAUAUUAAAACCCACACUGGAGAGAAGCCAUUUUCCUGUGAGAUAUGCAUUUACAAAUGUGCACGAAAAGAUACUUUAUUAAAGCAUAUUAAAACCCACACUGGAGAGAAGCCAUUUUCCUGUGAGAUAUGCAGUUACAAAUGUGCACAAAAAGGUGCUUUAUCAAAACACAUGAUUACCCACACUGGUGAGAAACCAUUUUCCUGUGAGAUAUGCAAUAACAAAUUUGCACGAAAAAAUAAUUUAUUACAGCAUAUUAAAACACACACUGGUGAAAGGCCAUUUUCCUGUGAGAUAUGCAAUUACAAAUGUGCACAUAAAGGUGAUUUAUCACGGCAUAUUAGAUCACACACUGGUGAUAAGCCAUUUUCCUGUGAGGUAUGCAAUCACAAAUGUGCACAUAAAGGUGAUUUAUCAAAACACAUGAUGACCCACACUGGUAAGAAGCCAUUUUCCUGUGAGAUAUGCAAUUACAAAUGUGCACGGAAAGAUAAAUUAUUACAGCAUAUUAAAAUCCACACUGGUGAAAAGCCAUUUUCCUGUGAGGUAUGCAAUUAUAAAUGUGCACAAAAAAGUAAGUUAUUAAUGCAUAUGAGAACCCACAGUUCACAAGAGCAGUUGUGAGACAUAAUUCAUGCCUGUGUGCGUGACAUGUGCAUGUAAGCGUACUCGGCAAAGGGCAAUGCUCAGCGCCCAAACACCUGCAGUGUACGUGCUCAUGUGUUCCUGAGCCUAAGGCUGCCUCUAGAGAUCGCUACUAUCGAACAGUAAAAGUACUUGUAAUAAAAUUGAAGAUAUUUUAAAAAGUGUUGUUUUUUAUGUAAC